ACUGACUGCAGUAGCAUCAUAUUCGCCAUGGCAUGUUGCGGUGCCCAUUCAUUGACACCCUUGGCCCAGUAUGCAAGAUCAUUAAGGACUCAGCUCGAUGACGGUGAAAAGCUGCCCAUGCUCUUUCCUAUGUACACGGUCCCUUUAGGCACCUUGCUGGAGAUGACCAUGAUCGAGCCUCAUGAAGCACUGAAGGACCGAGAUGUCUUGGUGGAGUUCGAUAAGAAUAUGGGCAACGCGGCAUUUGUUUCACACCAAUGGGUUGCCAGCAACCACCCGGACCCAGAGUGUAUGCAGAUGAGGGUCUUGCAGGAUGCUUUAAAGAACAUGAUGGGCAACUUGAAGAGCAUACCUGUAGAUGUGGUUUCGGAAACGCAAAAUCCAAAUGUGAAGCCCUUGCCCACAUUGAAGAUUAUGUCAGAACCGCUCUUCUUUUGGUAUGAUUAUUUCUCGUGCCCACAGGAAAGACUUCGUGAAGCUUCAGGCCAUAUUGAAAACGUGCCCAGAAGCAAAUUGCUGGAGGAUGCCAUCAACAGCAUACCGGCGUAUGUGGACGCGUGCUCCUUUUUUUUUGCCCUUGUACCCGUCUUAGAGAACCCGAGUGGAACCAGUCUGAUUUCAACAUUCACUUGGAGCGGAAGAGGCUGGUGCAGGUUGGAGAGAUCUUGCCGAGAGCUCUCCCCAAACCACUCCUGGAUUCAGGUGAAAGGCCCCACUGAUCUUCAAAUCAUAUCGGGCAUUGGAGCAUCCUUUCGCGUUGGGUCUGGACCAGUGGGCGAAGGAGUUUUCACAAUGCCUGAGGAUCGCUUGAAGCUCGGGCCGGUUCUCAUGAAAUCACUAAAGCGCAAGUUGCUUUCGCUUCUUAAAGCCCAGGACAUGCCAGGUUAUCGCUUUUUGCUGAACCACCAAACUUUUGUUUUCAGAGGUUUGGAUUGCAACCUUUUUGAGCCUGUUCCAGCCUUUGAGCAAGAACAUCUGGAUAUGGAUUUUUCACCGCUUGUCAUGAAGUUCUUCCAUCAAAAUGGUUUCCGCAGCAUCCGCGAGAUGGACACUGCUGGAUUUUCACCCCUUCACUAUGCGGCCGUGAACGGCGACCCAUCUCUGGUUCAAGACUUGCUUGCGCUUCAGGCAAAUCCAAACCAAGGCACCAGGAAAACCCACCCAGUUCAUGGAUUUGAAUCGGGGAUUUCACCUCUUGCCAUUUCCUGCACCUUCAAGAACAAUGAAGCUGUCCGGCUUUUGAUCUCUGCCAAAGGCAGGGUCACCAGCAGCGUGAUUAUUUGCAAACCUCUUCAUUGUGCGACGGGAGUGAACAAUACAGAAGCCAUCCAGAUUCUCCUCCACGCUCGUUGCCCGCUUGAGCCGAAUUCUUUCGGCGUCACUCCGCUGGAAAGUGCUGUCGGGGCGGGAUCUCUUGAAGCCCUAGACCUCCUUAGACAUAGCAUUGUCACUUCCUUGGAUGCCACUCAGGCCCUUUUCUAUGUAGCGGGUGGCGAGCGAAGUGCAGAGGUGGUGCACCGACUGGUUGAAAUGAGGGCAGAUGUCAAUGCUCAGACUGGUGACUGGUUCAAGCGCACGGCACUGAUGCGAGCUGUCUACACCUUCAUGGUUUUGCAGCACCGGUUUCACAAGGCCACGAUCUUUAACAAGCUUAUGUACCAUGCUAAAGGCGCGACGCCUUUGAUGCUAGCCUUACUCUUCGAGAAUAAUGAAUGUGCUGCGGCUUUGAUUGCUGAAGGGGCAAAGCUGAAUUUGCAGAACUCGCACGGAUUGACUGCGGCAGAUCUGAUACGAAGGCGUUCGGGGCCGGAAUUCCUGCUGGAGGCUUUCGAAGGAAGGGUCGAAGCAUGCCGGAGGGUUUCAUUACUUUCCCGUGGCUGGAUCGAGAUGCACUUCUGAUGAAAGAUAAAUUUUGAUGAUCUUUGAUGCCAAAAGGGCACAGUUAGAGUAUGUUGGAGCUGCCUCUGUGCCCUUAAGCGGAUAUGCCAGAAGCAGAGUGUCACCUGUAGCUGUACCGCUCACACCAUUUGGGAUAUCCCUUAUGGGAUGGAACUAUAUAGUAGCUGGCUGCGAAGCGCACUUCCCUGGAAGACCGGCAGAUAA